ACAUCAUUAGUUGUAAUAUUUGUGUUUUAUAGAUUUGAAUUUGUUUUUGUUUUUUAUUUUGAGUCAAUGAAUUGACGGUGUUUAGUUCGGUAUUGGUUCGGUAUAUUAUAUAGAGCUAUCAAAGUUAGCUAGAGAUUACCGAAUAAAAUAUAUUUGCUAUAAAUGUUAACUUAAAUUAUAUAGACCUGACCAAUUUAGAAGACUGUGCUUUGAAAUAUUGCUACCUAAACAUUGGUUAAAUAUAGUUUGGCUAAAUGAUUAAAGAGCUUAGAGCAAGGAAUGCCAUACUCUAAGUAGAACAGUCCAUAGAAAUUGAAUUGAACCAAAACAUGUCUCAACCACAGCUUUUAUUAUCAUGUAAAUCUUUUGGAAAUAAUAUUUUUGAGGGGUUGAGUUCCUUUCAACAAAAGGAAGAAUUUGUUGAUUUGACCUUGGCAGCCGAUGGGCACUUUGUUAAAGUUCAUCAGAUGGUCCUCUCGUUGGCUAGCCCAUAUUUAAAGGAGCUCAUAAAAUCAGCACCAUGUCCUCAUCCCAUUUUAUUUUUGAAUCAAAUAUCAUACCAAACACUAUGUGCCAUAUUGGAAUACAUCUAUUCUGGUGAGGUGAUAGUAAAUAAAAAUGACAUUGGUGAACUGAUACAGGCUGCUAAAGCUCUGCAUAUUACAGGGUUAGAAUUCAUGGAUUGGACCACCGUUCAAGUAGUUGGUGAUGGAGAAAGUAAUAACAGUGUCCUUGGCACUAAUGAUAUGAAUGUGAGUGACGAAACUAGUGCUUUUGAUACUGUGCCUAGUCAUAAUGACAAUGGUAAUGAGCAGCAAUGGUCUCAAGCUUUACAUAUAAUAAAGAAAUCGUCUAGACAUAACAACAAACAAGAUACAACUAUAUCAACAGAGUCAAAUAUUUCACAAAUAGAUAUGGGUAACACAUUUGAUGAAAGUAUAGAUAUACAAGGUGAUGUGGGGGUCAACAAAUGUGAUAAUAUUUCAGGUGUCAGUGAGAAUCCUUCUAUUCUAUACACUCUUUCUAACCAAGGAAACAUACAAAUGAUAUUGAAUCGCUAUAUAUAUAAUAUAAGAUAUGUUUCUAGAAAAAAAGGUCCUCCAACCAGACUAUGGAGAUGUGUUGACUAUGUAAAGGGUAAAUGUAGAGCCUCGGUCACUACUAAAGAUGAUAUUGUAGUACAAAGGGUAGCUGCACACACACAUUCAUUUCAUGAUAACAGGAUACUGAAAAAAAUGGCAUCUGGUAUGGUGCUCUCUGCUAUAAAGGAAGCAGAAGAAAAAUGCAGAAUCAUGAAGAAUGACAGAGGUGCUAAUGAUAGUGAAGAUACUGAUGAGAUCAACGUUGAGACGUCAAAAAGUAUAGAUCAGGAAAACUUGGAUGAAGAAUGGAUAUAA